UUCAACACUUUUUCCUCCGAAUUCCACUACAAUCUAACCCUCGCGAAAACCCACCCCUUCCUUCUCCGUAAACCCUAACCCUAGCAUCUUCUUCAAAUUCAAUUGCAGUUUGCUGCAAAUCAAUCGAUCGAGGAACGGCGAAGACAGACAGAUUCAUUGAUUGAUUGAUUGAACGAACGAACGAACCAUGUCUGCUGCUGUGUGCGGAGGCAAGAGAUCUUUCUUCGAAGAGCUUCCUCCUUCUCCGCCACUCGCUAAGAGGAUUCGUUGCUCUUCCUCUACCUCCCCCAUUCGAUUACCUCCUCAUUCUCUCAUCGACCAGCUCCGCCAUCUCUUUCCUCACAUGGAUCACCAGGUUCUUGAGAGAGCUCUCCAAGAAUGUGGCAAUGAUCUAGAUGCUACCAUCAAGAGACUGAAUGAGCUGUACCUGGGAACUGCUGGUGGGAACUCGGGAACUGCUGAAGAAUCGGAAGUUAAUGUUAAUGUAGAUGCAGAAACUGUGCUAGGUAAAUUGGAAGAUGAUCAGAAUGUUUCUGCUUCUGAGAACCCGCCUGCUUCGGACAACCUUCCUGGAAAUGGAGCAGAAUGGAUUGAUUUUUUUGUUAGAGAAAUGAUGAUUGCUACUAGCAUUGAUGAUGCAAGAGCCCGCGCAGCUAGAAUGCUGGAGGUUCUAGAGAAAUCAAUCAGUGCACGGGCAAGGGCUGAGGCAGCUGAUGUUCUUCAGAAGGAAAAUUUGAUGCUAAAGGAACAAAUUGAAGUGUUGAUCAAGGAUAAAAAUUCCUUUAAAAAUGCUUUUAAAUACCAGCGCGAACGGUAUUCUGAUUAUGAGGAAAAGGUCCAAGAGCUGCAGCAUUUGAAGCCGUUAGUGUCUCAAUACCAGGAGCAGAUAAGAACUCUUGAGGUGAAUAACUAUGCUUUGACAAUGUAUUUGAAGCAGGCGCAACAGAGCAGCCCUUUUCCUGGGCAUUUCCCACCUGAUGUCUUCUAAUGGAAUAAUAUGUUGAAUAUCAUAAUAAUGGCGGCAUAUAUCAGCAUUUGGUUGUUUAAUUAUGUUGUGUUUUUACUCCCAAAAAUGUCAAGCGAUGUUAUAGUUUUCGUAUCUUUUCAUGGUCAAGGCAUGGUUUGUUUCUCUAGUUCACGGGGUGAUUUUAUCCCAUCAACCCAGUAUAGAAUACGAUAAUUCAUAAUCAUCUCCCCAAUUUGCGUUUCCUUUCUGCA